UUCCGCGCGCGGAAUAAAGUCGAGGGUGCGGAGAGGCGGGCACGAAAUCGGUAGUUCGGUCGAUCGACAGAACGUCAUUGUCGCGGAUAGUGAAGAAGAUCGACGCGCGAUCAGAUAGCCGUGAUAUCUCUUCGAAAUCUCUUGAAGAUCUAGGCCAAGGAUGCGCUUCGCCGGUUUCGCAAUAACACGUCGAUCGAACGUCGCGCGUAUCAUAGUCAAUUGUCACCGAUAUUCUUUCAAUGUUAAAGAUAAUCGGCUUGAUAUGCGCCGGUAUUCGUUCUCGAAGUUUAGAAGAGGACCCGUUGUCGAAUUUCUUUCGGAAAAUUGAGGAGGUCCUGCCAAACGGAGGCGCGGUUUUCACCUCUUCGAGAAACCUACGAAAUGACGAAACUUAACAUACGAAAAUAUCAUGACGUCAAUGGCCUCUUGUAACGAUGAGCCAUAUUACGGCAUGCAAUUGUGUCAUCGACUUGUGAUCGUUCUGGUGAUCAGUGAAAAGUUCACGCGGAAUCAGAAUGAGCGGAAAAUGAAAAGAGUGCCACUCCAAGUUACAUAAUCGGCGUCCAGGAUGUGGAAGUACAGGCGCGCCUGGGUCAUCGUCGUCGGGCCGAGUCAUCGCGAGACGUCCUCUCCAGCUGAAUAAAUCGCGCGCGUCGCGCCCGCGCGCCGCGUGACCUAAAUAGCGUGACGCGCGCGCGUGCGCGCUCCUGAGGGUGUGUUUUCAUCCCCGCUUCGUUUCCCCCGUGGCGCGCGGAGAACCCCUCUUUCUCUGUCACGCUCUUCUCCCUUUCUCGCCGUCUCGCUGUCGUCAUCGUCGCCGUGGUUGCCGCCUUGCAGUGCGAAAACACGACAGCUGGCGUCGUGACACCUGCUGCAGCGCGAGAGAUCGAUAUCCGCUCUCGUCCUUGCAAAGGUUCUCAAGGGAAAAAACCGCGCGCGAAAGGGUGACAGCGGACGCGAUCAUGUCCCCGUCGGAGCGGCGCCUCCUGUGACCUCCUCUCGACAGAUCCAUCCUGUCGCGGACCGUCGUGGGUGAUGUAGCGCGCCGCAGAGAGAAACAUCCUUCAGGGAUCCAACAGGUGGCCGCCACGGAUAUUUUAAAGUAAUCGAGGGAUCAGUACCUAUAUACCUGUAUGUGGGCCUUUUGUUCGUAAAGAGGAAAUGAAGGAAAGCGUUAUGGCUGCGUGAGAUCAUUUUUGGCUGGCAACAGUUCGGAUCGUGCUUACGGAAGUAAUCUGAGAUUUGCUAUCAAAGAAAGCUUCAUGAGCUGCUGCCCUUUCAUGACGCGGCUUGGGGAGAGGAUGGUCAGCAUGAGCUCCAUGCUCGUAGAGACAGUCAGUAUAAAUUAUGAAGAUUUUAAUGAAAGUUUUUUAACGUGUGGCACUUGUCUCUGCGUUUACGAUGGCAGCGAGCAUACACCUAAAUUACUACCAUGCUCACACACGGUAUGUUUACAUUGUUUAACAAGAAUUGCCGCGUCUCAAACACGAGAGACAGGAGCGUUUAGAUGUCCCAUUUGUAGAGAAUUAAUAACUAUUCCUCGUGGAGGGGUACCCGCACUGCCUCCGAGUUUUCUCGUAAACCAACUGCUUGACCUUAUGUCUCGGCAAAGACGAGAGGUCAUCCCAAAGUGUUCAGUUCAUAUAAAUCAGGAAUUAUUAUUUUGUGAAACAUGUGAUACAGUGUUCUGUACAGUGUGUACUGGUGGGACACAUGCGGGAACGUCACCUGGAUGCACAGAACACACAAUUAUCCCCUUUAGUAUUGCGAUAAAAAGAAUGUCCGAAAUAUUGCUUUAUAAAGCCAACGAGUGUAUAUCCAAGUUAACACAGGCACAGGAUUCUGUGAGCACGGAACUGCAACGUUUGGAAGCCUCUACGGAAAAAUGUUUGAGCGCGGUAGACACGGAAUUCGCCGUGAUUAUCGCAAAGAUAGAGAAACGUCGAACGGAAUUGCAAGCUGCCGUAACCGCUGCCGCUCGUGACAAGAAACACGUACUUGAGGAACAACAUUCUCUUAUUGAGGCGGAGAAAACCAAAGUCGAGAGAGAAUGCGAAGGAUUACAAUAUCAGGUCGAGGUUCGGAAUAUUACUCAACGUAUUAACAGCCUGUCAGAUCAGCUCGAUGCGGCGACCGCUCUCAGCGAACCCAAGGAGAAUGCCUUUAUCACAUUCGAGUUUAAUCAUAACGACGCUCUCUCCCAAUUAGAGCAAGCACUGGGUAAUUUGGGACGAGUACGUUCUAGUACAACAUUACCAGGCUUGUGCCGUGCCAGAUUGAAAGACCUAGCAAUAGUAAAGCUGCAAACAAUCGUCAUAGUCGAAACGGUAGAUUAUCACGGUCACCCUCGGAAUAUCGGCGGUGAUCUUGUCAGCGCCGAAUUGACGCUCGCAGAUAACAUACACGCGGAAAAUCAGAACGCUCCCAUCGAGACGGAGGUGAAAGAUCUGGAGAAUGGAACUUACGAAAUUUACUUCCGGCCACCGACUGCAAGUCGAUACGUCCUGAAGGUGUCGGUGUUCGAUCGUCCUAUAAAAGAUUAUCCGCUAUUUUUCGACGCGACCGAGCACAAUGAACCUCUUAAAAUAUAUGGAAGACGCGGUAAUGGGAAAGACGAGUUUCACCAGCCGGUUUCGGUCGCGGUGGACGACGAAGGGAUGAUCUAUAUUUUGGAUACUGGAAAUUCUCGUAUUAAGGUGCUCAGUUGUGAUUUGGAGUUUCAGAGGCACAUAAACAAUGAAGGCUUAGAGGGUCGCAGUUGCACGGGAAUAGAUAUUUCUCAACAAGGUCUCGUAAUUGUAAAUUGGCGGACGCGAAAGAUUACGGAAAUGACUUCGUUGGGUGACACAAUCAGGUCUUUCACGCACAACGCGUUUCAAGAACCCAUAGACAUUGCGGUGGACAAGAGCUACGGGCACAUACUUGUCGCUGACAACGGUCAAAGCUGUGUAUUCGUAUUCGACUCAGACGGCAAGAUACUGUUCCAGGUUGGUAAAAGAAGCACGUUCAAGCUAAUCAGUUCUGUGACUGUCGGUCCGGCCGGUGAGAUUUUAGUUGCCGACAGCAGAAUUCAGGUGUUUUCCGCGAAGGGAGAUUUCUCCGAGGAAAUAUAUCCUGAAGGCAAAGGAAAAGGUGUCUACGGAGGAAUAGCCGUAGAUGCGGACGGCAAAGUAAUCGGUACCCGUACGGACAAGGGGCGUAGCAUAAUACACGUACUGCAGUUAGGCGGAGGUAAUGUCUUAACCGAAAUCGACUCGCACAGCUCGAAAUUGCGACGUCCCUCGGGCAUAGCCGUGCUGCCAGAUAAUCACCUAGUGGUGGUAGACUUGGGCAAUGAUUGUAUAAAAAAAUACAGGUACUGGUAGAACGUCGUUGUUUGUUUAAGCAUGAAAAUUCAAAUCGCGAGGGGGAAAGAAAACGCCCAUUGCGAAGGUACCAAAAGUCAGUCUAAUUUAGAAUUUAUUUAUUCAGGUUUUUGUGGAACUUGUAACAUCACAUAUUACGAAUGUAAUGCCUAUGUUUUUAUAAAUUUUUAUAUAUAGUUUAUAAAUUAGUAUAAGACAUGAAGAUGAAAUAGUAAUGUCAAAGAUAAACUUGACAUUACUAUUUUAUUUUAACUUCGGUUUGCAAUAUACAUCACCGUAUUACAAUUUAUAUUUUGUCCCUUUACCUGUAAAAUUUAUUUAAUUUCUUUUGUGUUCAAUGUUGCUUUCCCCCGUUUUCUGCAUAUCUGUGAAACUACAAAGUUCUCACCAUUCAUAAAACAAAGUCACUUGAAAUGCUCAGUACUUAUCGUAUGUAUAUUUUUUUGUAUUUGAUAAUUUUUUUAAGUCAUCGCGAUUAAUAUUUAAUCGUCUGAAUGCAUAAAACAAUUCUGUUGUUGAUCUAGAUACAUCGGUGAAUGAUAAUUCUUUCCUUUUUAUCCAUGUGCUUGAAAGUUAUUUAUCUUAUUCCAAAACUACAACGAAUCUGGAUGCCACAGAAUGUUCAAUUGAAAAAUUAUCACUGUCUUUUUAUUAAUGAAUCUAUAAGAAACUGUAUUUUUCUUGUUAACAAGUUUUUUUUCAAAAUUUUUUAAAUAUCUGGAUUUAUCCAAAUGUUUCUGAUUUGUUGUACAAGCACAAACUUGUCUAAGAUAAAAUUGAAUUGAAGUUACAAAAAUGUUUAUUCUAUGAAAAAUAAAACAAUAAUUAAUAAAAAUAAAAUUAAAGAAGUAAAUCUCUAUCAUUUUAGAUAAAAAAAACCAACAAUUCGAAUGUAAUAGGCUAAUGAAUCAGCGCGGUAAUUAUUGCGCAAACAAAAAAAACCGUUUUCAAUUAAUAUUCACAAUCAACCGAUUUAAUGCUUAAAGAGAUUUCUCAACUGCUGUAGUAUAUUCUCACAAGAUUAGAUUUUUUCUUAAGCUAACGUAUUAUAAAUUUGUUAAUUAUAAAAAAGGUUGCAUUGUGGCAUUAGACUAUCAAUAUAAUCUGAACAACUUCUAGUCUUGAUUUCUUUCAACAAGGAGAGUAUUAUUAUUCGCGGGUGUAUAAUAUUAUAGAAGUAUUAUAUAUACAUACACUGCCGUUUCAUAUUAUUUCACAUCCCUGUCAUGACAGAAUAUAGAGCUUUGCAUUACGUAAAAUCAAUCAAUAUGAUUGCUUGAAUAUCAUAUUAUUGAGAUAAAAAAAAUUCAUUGAACUAUGAGCAUUUUCAUUAAAGUCAUGAAAACAUUUUUCUUAAACUUGAUAUUUUUUAAUUGCUUCACAUUUUAUAUUUUAAUGUAUAUGUCACAUUUCUUACUAUAUUUAUUAAUCGAUGCUCUUUGUAAUAUGGAAAGCCUAUUUUUUAUUUUUUUUUAUUUUCUCUUUGUUAUUUUACUUUCAAACAUUGUAGCAUUUAUUGCCCGCAAACGUUUCUUGUGUUCCUAAUAAACAAGAAAUUCGGGUUACCCACUUUGGCACUUCGUGAUUUUUUUAAUUAACUUAAAAUUAAAAAACGUAAAUUAUGAUUAGUGUAAGAUAGCUAUGCAAAUAGUUAGAAAUAUGAUAAGAAUUGUACAUAUAUUUUUUCAGUAUUAUCAUACAUUUUGAUAGAAUUGGCUACAUGAUUUGUUUAUAUGUCUAGAAAUAUUUUCUAAAUUUCGUGAAAGACAUGAUAUUGAUUCUCUCGACAAUGACGCGCUUUUUUGGAGGCCUAUAGUGUCAUUCGUCAUAACUGAAUUUGUUAUUGAAAAGACAAUCCCUUUUUAUAAAUUUCACCGUGCGAACAACUUCAUUCUUGAGACAUUGUUGAGACACAACAUUGUUUAAGUUGCUUUAAAAUGUAAUUUAAAUUACGAAGGACCGGCGUGAAAAUUUAAGCAGCAGGAUUUAUUGCGCGAUUACUUUUUACGUACAUCCGGAAAUAUUUAACGCCCGUCUGAAGACUUUACAAUAAUGAGGUGUUAGCUAAAUAUCAUCAUGAUGCAUAUCUACUUAUUCUUCGAUACUUACUUUCUUGACACUGAGAGUGAUAAACUUACAUACGUACGGCUUACAGUCUCUAUUUCUUUAAAGCAGGAGAAUAUUUUUUCACGUAACAUACUUAUAUCUACAUAGAAUGCAAUUCUUAAAAUAGUUAGCCUUAACAUUUUUAUGCCAUUUUAUCUUUUACGUGAUUUAUAGACGAGUUGCAUUUUUUUCUUUUUUUUUUUUUUUUUAGAAUCGUUUGCCAUGUUAACAUCGACAAAUCCUAAUCAAAUCCCUGCAUCGUGAAAAUCUUUCUCAAGUGGUGUCUACGAAGAGACUAGGGCUUAAGAUUUAAGAAAAUUGAUCAAUUACAGUCAAUUAUUCUUCUCACAAUUCGACUGCGAUUGGAUAAUUUCUUAAAUCUUAAGCCUUAAAAUUUCAUUGUAGACACCACUUUAGAACGUGCAUAGCUAUGUUGAAUACAAUAUGUAAUUUAAAUUCCAUGAAAAUGAAUAAUAAUGAGUUUUGCGAUUUGUAUUUUUGCAGCGAGUGCAAAAAUCUUUCAGUAGCUUCCUAUUUUUCCGGACUGUAUCGUAGAGAUACGACAUUCCUUGCGAACUGCUUUGCAGAGUGAUCUAUCGUAGGCUACAUUUAAUAUAAACUGUCGCAUAUUGCUUGUAUGUAUGUACGAAUACGAGUCACUAUAAAACGCAUUAUCACGUUAGUCCUUAGCGAAAAGCAUAACAGUGCCUUUAUUGAGAAGAUGCCACCGUACGGUUUAUAUCUUAUGACGAUUGAUAUAUGUAUUGAUAUAUGUAUAUCUUUUGUUCAAAUCGAUCCGUGUGCGCUUAACACUUUGAUCGUUACAAAUCGUAUUUACAUUUUCUUGGGAAUCAUGAACAUUUGGAUAAAAAUGAGUGGAGAUGCAUCAGAGUGCUGAUAUAAAAAUUCUUGAAAAUUUCUGACGAAAACUCAUUGAUCGUUUCACGAUCACAUCCUAACGGAUAUUUGCUAAUCACACAUCGUUUUCUGUACUUUCAUUGAAUUCGACUAUUAUCUAGUGCCAUUAUAAGAGAGAAAAAGAAGGUGAAUUGUGUGAUUUAGGCCAAUAAACGAGCAAAAAAUUUUUUGUAUAAGUUAAUAUAUUUCAAAUUUAACAAAAAUAUCGCGAAUGUUUGUUAAAUUUGAAAUAUAUUAACUUGUAUCAACAACCAAAAAAAUUUUUUGCUCGUUUAUUGGCCUAAAUCAAUUCACCUAUCUUAAAAAUAGCGAGAAAAAGAAGGAUAAAAAAACAUUUUCUAUCAUUAUCUAUAUGAAUUAUAUAUAUGAAUGAUGAAUACUGAUGAGAACUAAAUGAAAGAAAUCAAGAUAUUCCUAAGUCACAAAAAAUUCUGUGAUUCCUAGCGAAAAAUGUGUUCACGUAUGUACGUGCGACGUAACGUGUCGAAGUGUUAAAAUGGAAAUGGAAUUGUGCAGAUCGAGAAUCAAAUCAGAACUUUCGUCGCAGUGAUCUGUAUCGAUUACGCAACUAUGUAUAGACCUGUACUCCGAACUUUCUGGUCUUAUUUGUUGUUCGACAUGUAUCUAGAGUCAUCGAGAACGCAUUGAUUGUAACGUGAAGGUGUGUCAUUUUUUUUUUGUUCAAAGUCUGAUCCUAAAAGCUAAGCCUGAUUUUUAUAUAUGUAUAUUGUAUACGUCAACGUCCUAUUGUUGCCUAAGUGUCUACCAUAAGUAGCAUACCAAUCGACGCGAUAUUCUUUUUUCCCCCCUUUUUUUUCUUUACAAUACGAAUCGUUCAGCCCAUUCGAAACACCAUAUGCAAACUCAGACUGAUAUAUAUUUCUUGUUUGUAUUUUUUGAUAUUGUUUAAUCUAGUCAUACGUCAGCUAUAACUGUAACACUUAUAUAUCAUGACUCCAUCAUGCUGUAACAUAAAAUACAUUGUAAAUAAAUAUGUAAGCUUGAUUCA